CCCAUCCGCAAACUGUUCGGUAUUUAUGGGUAUCAUCUUUUUUCUUUCUUUUAUCCCUUCUCUUGUGUUUUUUUUUCCUUUUUCCACCUUUGUGAAUCCAGCUCUCUUCCUCUUCGCUCCAACGACACUCUCCAUCUCUAAUACAUAACAUCGCCAUGGUACUGGUAUCGUGUUUACGGUCUGCACAAGAACUGCCCAAUCUGUGCACAGUCGUUGUCUCGUCGCUAUGGAACCAGUACCCACCACGCCAGAAGAGCCAUGACAACAGCUGGGACGAUGCACGACGGCUGGAGUUCCAUACGUUCGCCCAGGCCGUAUUGUCCUAUCUUAACAUGUCGCCUGCAGUCGUUUACACGAGUUUGAAAUAUGUACAAAAGUAUCUUUCCUCCUUGCCACCGUCCACACGGAAAACGCUGAUGCACGGUUCUGAGAGACCGAUCUUCAUGGUGGCACUGAUGCUUGCGUACAAGUUUGUUGAAGACUGUGGAUCAGUUGAUGCUAACUAUUGGUCGCGGGCAUCCAUGAUCCCUGUAUCAGCCUUGGUGAAGAUGGAAAUUGAUUUUCUGUGUCAAGUGAGCCAUAAGCUGCAUGUGGAUAAGUCCGCUUUCGUGCGAUGGGUGAACCAGUGCAACACCACGUUUGAGCAGCAAUUUUAUUAUUUCUACACCUAUGCAACAGGGGUUUAUCCUGACAACUCGUUCUGCUAUUAUCCUCCAAUGCAGCAGCAGCAGCAACAACAAUACCCUUGCUAUGUCCAGCCGACUUCGACUUACUGGUAUAAUAACAGCAGUAAUAACCAUUAUCAGCAAUACAUUCCUCAACAGCAGCACCAGCAGCUACAACAUCUGGAACAACAACAGCAACAACCACCACCGCAAUAUAGCCAGGAUUACCGAUGGGAACAGUCCUCAACACCAGACAGUAUCCACAGUAACAGCACCACGUCGUCUGCGUCUACACUAAUCGCUGCUUACGGUUAUCCUGACGGUGACACCACGACCAACAACAAGAAGUAUCGCAUGCCAACAUCAUCGCAGCAGCUAUGCUAUUAUGCAACUGACUAUCCUCGAGACCAUUGGACUACAGCUGUCCCGCCAGUAUCGCAUGCUUUGAUGCAAUGAUAAAAAUAAAACCUCCCUUCUCUGGUCUCCACCUAUCCAAGUGCUUCUUUUUUCACAAACAACACUGCAACCUAUUAGUAGUCAGACCCCUUCUCACUUAUACUUCUCCCCAAUCCCUUUGCUCCUUUUAAUUUGUAAAUAUCGUUCUUUUUUCUUUUUUUAUGUGCCAUACUUUUUCAAAAUA